CCACUGCCUGUUGGGGGCGGGAAGAAAGAACGAGUUGUGUCCGCCAUAUUGGUGAAGUCAAAACGAAGGCGACUAGAGCUCCUGGACUGUCCGUUCUGCUGGCUCAAGUCCGCCAUAUUAAUAAAGAGAAAGGGAAGCUUGACCCUCCCUCGCCUCCGCCCUCACAUACACACCCCUUUUUCCCACCCCGCUCUCGACUAAGGCUUUCUUGCCUCGGUUGUCCAGCCUCUGCCCGAAGGAAGCGUUAACAGCCUGCGCCUCAGAACCGGCUUAAGACGCCGAAUGAAGGGGAAAGGGAAAUGCCGACCAAUUGCGCCGCGGCGGGCUGUGCUACUACCUACAACAAGCACAUUAACAUCAGCUUCCACAGGUUUCCUUUGGAUCCUAAAAGAAGAAAAGAAUGGGUUCGCCUGGUUAGGCGCAAAAAUUUUGUGCCAGGAAAACACACAUUUCUUUGUUCAAAGCACUUUGAAGCCUCCUGUUUUGACCUUACAGGACAAACUCGACGACUUAAAAUGGAUGCUGUUCCAACCAUUUUUGACUUUUGUACCCAUAUAAAGUCUAUGAAACUCAAGUCAAGGAAUCUUUUGAAGAAAAACAACAGUUGUACUCCAGCUGGAACGUCUAAUUUAAAAUCAAACAUUAGUAGUCAUCAAGUACUACUUGAACACAGUUAUGCCUUUAGGAAUCCUAUGGAGGCAAAAAGGAGGAUAAUUAAACUGGAAAAAGAAAUAGCAAGCUUAAGAAGAAAGAUGAAAACUUGCUUACAAAAAGAACGCAGAGCAACUCGAAGAUGGAUCAAAGCCACAUGCUUGGUGAAGACUUUAGAAGCAAAUAACAUAUUACCUAAAGGCACAUCAGAACACAUUUUACCAACUGCCUUAAGCAGUAUUGCUUUGGAGGAUUUCAAGAUUCUUGAACAAGAUCAGCAAGAUAAAGCAUUACCAAGUCUCUAAAUCUAAAACAGACCAAGAGUACCUUCAUUUAAGUUUAGCUUGCACAGAACUUGUCCAUCCUUCCUUCUUUUCAGAGGUAAAGAUAUUUAUGGCAAUUAUGCCAAAAUGCAGUAUUUAAUAAAGUUUUACUUGAAGUAACAUUAUUACUGUAUAACUUAUGAAGACUUUAUUACAAAAAAAUAGGAAACUUUGUAUGAACAUUUCAUUUGAAAAAUGAGUGGAAGUGCCUUAUGUAAGAAAAAUUUUGCUAGGAAACUAUGUUUGCAAGAUACUUUUUUUAAAACUAUUAUUAAAGAACAAUUUAUGACAA